AUGGACUCCGAGAAUGUGUUCGACAUAUACAGUGCCCCCGAGGCUCCUGAAGCUCCCUCGAGCAAGAAGAAAACGAGCAAGCGACAUCCCGGGGAAAGAAGUAAAGCACCUCUGGCCCAGGAAACCCGUACUGCAGACCCUCCGGUAGACGGACCUUCAACAAAUGUAACACCACCUCCUUCUCCUCUCGAGCAGCAAACUCCUCCUACUCCUGUCGGGUCGACACCUUCUCCACCGGCCCUAACCGACCAGACUCAGCAGGCAAUGCUGAACCUUACUGCCGCCCGGCUUCGCUCGGGUACUAUCACCGAGCAGUCCAGGGCUUCAGAGCAACGACACGCUGAAGAACUCAAAAUUGCUGAAGCAAAAUACGCUGAACAACUUGAGGCAGUGCUUGAGGAGAAGAACAAACUGGCUAAGGAGUUAAGGGAGAAGCAGGCUACUCUGGAUAAGGCCAUCGAGCAAAGAGACAAGUUCAAGGAGUCUAACCGCAUCAACUACCGCAAGGCUAAAAGCUCAAGGAGGACUUGA